AUGCCCUCAGCCCACCCCUUCGGCCUCACAGGCAAGCACGUGCUCGUGACCGGCGCCGGUGGGGGACUUGGCCGUGCCAUCGUGUCUGCGUUUGUCGCGGCGGGCGCCCUGGUGUCAGGCGCCGACCGGGACAUGGCACAGCUCUCCGAUAUGCCGCUGCAUCACCGUCUUGCGUUCGACAUCACCGACGCCGCAGCGUGCCGGGCGGCGAUUGCCGAGCUCAGCGGCGCCGGAGCAAUCCCUGACGUGCUUGUGAACAACGCGGGUGCGUCGCGGGCCGACUCCCUCGCGUCGCUGGAGGAGCAAGGGCUAUGGGAUAGUGAGCUCGCGACCAACUUGACGGGGGCGUACAACGUUACGGCGCCGGUCACUAAGCUCUGGGGCGAGCGGGGAGGUGCAAUCGUCUUCACAAGCUCCGUCAACGCCCUCACGCACUACGGCAACCCAGCGUAUGCUGCCGCCAAAGCGGGGCUGAUCGCGUACGCGCGCGCUCUGGCUGUUGAGCUCGGCUGCAAGGGUGUGCGAGCGAACGUGGUGGCUCCUGGAUCAGUGCGCACCGCGGCGUGGGACCAUCGGGACGCCAAGGUCCUCCAGGACGCCGCCCGGUACUAUCCCAUCGGCAGGAUUAUCGCGCCCGAGGACGUCGCGAACACGAUCGUCUUCCUAGCUUCUCCGCUGGCCGCCGGGAUAUCGGGCGCUGUGGUGCCCGUGGACGGGGGACUCAUGGCAGGCAAUGUGCCCUUCGUGCGAGAGAUCAUUGGGUGCGAUAUUUGA